UAUGGUUGGCUCGUACACAGCUUAUCCAGCCAUGUCAAGGCAAGACAGUUUCACUACACGUCACUCAAAAUGGAGUCCAUGUUGCUGGAACCCACACUGUACACGGUGAAAGCAAUCGCCAUCCUUGACAACGAUGGGAACAGAAUUUUGGCCAAGUACUAUGACAAUACCUUUCCGUCAGCCAAAGAGCAAAAGGCAUUUGAGAAGAAUCUCUUUAACAAGACGCAUCGGGCAAACGCCGAAAUCAUAAUGCUGGAUGGACUGACGUGCGUCUACCGGAGCAACGUAGACCUAUUCUUCUACGUAAUGGGAAGCAGUCAUGAGAACGAGCUGAUCCUGUGCAGUGCCCUAAACUGCUUGUACGACUCCAUCAACCAGAUCUUAAGAAAAAAUGUGGAGAAGAAAGUUCUUCUGGACAACCUAGACAUCAUCAUGCUCGCUGUUGAUGAAAUCUGCGACGGCGGCAUCAUUCUAGAAGCAGACCCCACCUCCAUUCUUCAGAAGGUUGCAUUGAGAACAGAUGACAUUCCACUCGGGGAACAAACUGUCGCACAGGUCUUCCAGUCAGCCAAGGAGCAGCUGAAGUGGUCGCUACUGAAGUAGAUUCUUUUUCUUUCUGUUCACGCUGUACAUUUACAAACAGAAGCUACAUGUAUAAUAAAUUUUUUU